AGUGCAGGGCGGGAAGGGACGUCGUGGCGGCGGCGGCCGAGGCAGGGCCAGCAGCUUAGGCGGCUGCGGCAGGGACAGCAGGAGUGGUGGUGCUGUCAGGCCGGCGGAGAAAUGGGAGACCCAGGGUCUGAGAUAAUAGAAUCUGUCCCUCCAGCUGGGCCUGAAGCAUCUGAGGCAACAACGGAUGAAAAUGAAGACGACAUUCAGUUUGUUAGUGAAGGACCUUUAAGACCUGUUCUUGAAUACAUUGAUCUGGUCAGCAGUGAUGAUGAAGAGCCUAGCACCUCUCAUAGUGAUAGAAUGCCUGAAUCUAAGGUGCCAUCCUCUGAGAAUCAUCGCCCAGAAAUGUGCUCUAGCUGCAAUACUCCUCUUCCCAUUGGAGACAGCAGCUCCUUCUUAGGGAGCUGCUCCAGCAGUCCACAAAGGAUAGUUUCUCAACCUUCCUCUGUUGAGAACCCAUUGGAGAAACAGAAAGAUGAUCAAAAUAAUUCAGAUAUUAAGAUUUCUGAUACAGAGACACUUAAACCAUCACAAAAUUAUCAGACUCUGCAUUCACCUUCUCUUCUGAUCCCCCAAGAAUCCUUGGCCUCUUCUGAGGUUAAGGAGGAUUUACCUAUAGAGUCUUCUUCAGCUUCACAGCAUGGACAGGAUGCCAUCCUCUAUCUCCAGACACAAGUGGCUGAGAUGUCCCGGGUGAUACGUGAUCUGCAGUCUAGGAGCUGUUUUCGAUUUCACCAUUCUAGGCCAAGUGAGAACUCCUCAGUUCCUUGGGAUGUAUCUACCUCUAAAGAAGAACAUUUAUCCACAGUUGAAGAAGAGGCUGAUUGCAAAUCCCCAUCAGCUGAUGACAAAGGGCAGCCAGCAGACCCCAGCCAAUCUAGUUUCACAGGUCUUUUGAAGAGAAUGGAACAAAGAGGUGUUAUAAAGAGGGUAACAUUACAGUCUGAAGCAGAAUCAUGUGAAGGGAAACCUGAUUGUGUGACUUCUAAAAAACGUUUGGUUCCUCCAUUGCAUCCUCUUUUGAGAAUUGCCACUACUGAGGUUUUUAAGGACCCUGCUGAUUGCCAUCCUUCUUCCUUCAUGGGACACAGGGUAUAUCCUGUGGCUAAGGACACAUCUCCUUUCCAACCAAAUCCACCAGCUGAGGGCCCUAUUGUAGAAGCAUUAGAGCACAGUAAAAGAGGAAGCACAACAUCCCCUCUAGAUUCUACCUCAAAAGAAAUGGAGGUCAUGGGUUGUAGGUUCUAUCAUGCUGCCUCCAUUGCAGCCCGGGCUGCUAGCUACAUGGCCUACAUGACUCAGUAUCAGCGUAAACUCUGGGAAGACAUGGAGGAUCUGGUUCAUGACCCAGAGUUUGAUCGUGGAAGAGCAAGAUGUAUAAUAUCUGAUGGUAUGGAUGCAGGCCUUUGGCAGCUUUGUACUACUAGGGACAUCAUGGACUCUGUAGUCAGAGUUAUGGCCAUGGCAAUAGACUAUAGGAGGCAGGCCUGGCUUCGACUUACAUCUCUCAGUAAGAAAACCCAGGAGAAGAUCUCACACUUGCCCUUUGAUGGUAUUUCCCUUUUUGGACAAGAUGUGAAUGCUAUUGUUGCAGAAGAAAACAGUAUAAAAGAAAAUGACUAUAAGGAUCACAGAUACUAUAACCAGCAUCGAUACUUUUAUAGUCAUGAUCAGAAAGCACAUUAUUACAACAGAGGAUACACCAAAGGAGAUUGGUACAAACCCCGAAAUCAUCCAUAUAGGUACAGAAAAAAAGGAGAAUCUCCAGAACGCCAUGGGUACAAGAAUUAGUAACCUGUUCAUAUUUAGCCAAACAGUCGUCCAAGAACCUUUGCUCGUUCCUUCUCAUACAAACAAGAUUAACAGAUGGGAAAAGAUCUGAAAAACUGAAUGUGUGUCUGGUGUGGUCCCAGCUGAUGUUUGGAUUCCAGAUUUUUGGAAUGAAGUAUAUAAUUAAAAAGACUUUAUUGGCCAGGUGAGCAAUGAAGACUAUUCCUGUUAGGGUUGGACAGAUGUUUAUUAUUUCUAGGAGGAGGAAGAGGAGGGCACUCAGGAAUCUGAAUCCUCUUGUGAUUAAAGAAACAUAUAUGCAUUGUUCCUCAAGAAAAUCUUAUUGGUAAACUGAGGACUAGCAGGUUUUCAUUCUGGAAAUAAACUACUAUGGGAUCCCCAUUUACUAAAAGCAGAGAUAAAUGUGUCAUUUUUAGGUCAUCCUUGCUUCCUUGAUCAAACUUCAGCUUGACAGAUCUUCACAAAGUGACAAAUCUAUUAUAGUCUCUAUGUCAAGACCAUUAACUCACCAAGAGUUAAUACUGCCAUCAAGCUCUGUGAGACUUCAUUGUCAGCUAUGAAGUAAAUGUCAACUGGAAUUCAAAUGAAAUUUUGAUAAAUCCAGUUUGUUUCCAGUUGGGAUAGCUGGAUAUCACAGGUUUACUAUGGACAUCAGCUAGAAAAGGACUUAUUAACCUGUUCCCAUCUCUAGAAAUUUUCUCAACCAUCUCUAGAAAUUUUCUCAGUAACUAUCUUCAUCAAGAUUGAUGGCUAUCAUACCAGCAGCACUCAUAAAGCCACAUGUGAGAGAAAUCUUUGUUGUCAUCAAUCCUAAUAGCCUUUUACCUAUCAAACUCUCAUUACAGACAAACUGUAAGACCUAAUCAUCGUGGGCCUUUCACCAAAAUGGCCUUCUUAAACCUACCUUCUAAACAAGUUAAUUGUUUUGAACUUGAUAAUGUGUAACACUUUAAAUACAAAAAAGAUAUGCACAUCAGUGCCCUGGAAUUAAAGAUGUCAUUCAUACCAUCAAGGCAUGCAACGCUGAACUCUUAAGUAAGAGCAGAAAUUCCGAACAUGCCUGACAGUCUGCUUUCCUUGUUGUAAUAAAGUGGGAUGCCGUCAAGCUACAUUUUGUUGAGAAAUCCUUGAGAUUUAAAGAAUAACUGUGGAUAUAGUGAAGAGAACAACCCACAGGCUUCUGUUUCUGGGUAUCUAUUUAAAUGAUGAUAUCCAUUAAUAAUAUUCUUGAAAUCAAGACUUCCGUGAUGUGUUUUUGGUUAACUGAUUACUUAAUUUACUCAGACUCACCGUAAGAGAUGACUUAUCUUUUUGCGCCCAAUAAUGAUUUUCUACCAUUUGGAACUAGCAGCAGAUACCUCAGUUAUAUGUUUGAUGAUAUCUUCCCUUUAAUUUCAAGGCAGUGGCUAUAUCUUACACCAGCCCUUCACAGCCUGACUUUGGGAAUGGAGAAAAUGUCAAGUUUGAGGGGUCUGAAUACAUAAUCUGGUAUUACCUGCUUGGCAACAAAAAAAAAAAGAGUUUCCAAUUGAUGGAUUUAUAAUUCUGAAGCUUCAUGGUUUGGUUUGUCAAACUUCAGGUUUUUUUUUUCAUCUGUUUGAUCAUGGUGUUUUAGGUAUUUGCUAUUAGUAGAAUACAGCCCCUACAGCGGUUAUGUGGUUUCUGUUCUCGCUGUAGAUUUUGCACAGUGGUGAUUGACCGUUUUCCUGUUGCCCAACUUUUUAAUAGUUUUUGGAAGCUUGUUCCCCUUCCCCAUCAUAUCCAUAUUUAGCACCCCUUUUAAAAUCUACUUUUCUUCUCCAGUUAUUUUUGUGCCAUAGAGGUUGAAGGCACCAUUUCCCUGCUAGAAGCUGUUUUAUGAGAUAAUUUCAUGGUACUUUAUUGGUCUGGUUCAUCUUAUUUGUAGAUUGAUCCUGAAAUAGUGUUGAAAAAGAUCAUUUAGCCAAGUCAUUUCUAGAGUUAAUAUUUAUCUUAUUUUUCUAACUUUCCCACAAAGUUUUACUUCUGUUUCAUUACAUCUAUGCCAGGGUCAACAAAUUGUCUUCCCAACUGAACUUGAGGAAAGUACUGAUUACCUGAAAAGAACAAGGGUGUAAAAAGUAAGAACACAGAUUUUUGUAGCUCCUAAUGUGUAUUAUACCAAUCAAGUAGUCUCAUGUUCUUGACUGUAGUUGUCUUCUGUGAAAGUACUUCCAGGGAUCUCAUGGGAGAGACAGACUUUGAAAAACAUUUUAUGUGGCUGCACAUACAUAUUCUUGUUUAGCUUGGACUACUUCAAACCAUUCCACUUAUCCAUUUCUCUCUCUUCCUUGUCUUGAAUUAGGAUGCGAUGUCACAAACUUGGUUUUUGAGAUACCCUUAUUUUCCAAAAUCUAAACCAAAAUAAAUAAUGCUUGAAGACAUGAUUCUGUGAAACUGAUUUGGCAUUUCUCAUAUCAUGCUCCCACUUUUCUUUUUUCCUUUUUACAUUGUGGUAAAAAACACACAAAACUUAGCACCUUAAUCACUUAAAGUAUUUCAUUACUGUUAACAGUAUUCUCAUUGUGUAGCUCUUCUUUAAAUAUUUGUAAAACAAUCACUGUUCUCUUUUGCUUGUGAUAUUUAUGUUGCCUAGUACCUUUGCUUAAUCUCUUUAAUUGAUAUGCCCUUGUGUCUCCAGAGACUUCUGUUUUCCUGAAAGUAAAAAGUAUUGGGCAGUCAUCAAAUCAGUGAUCAAAUAGUAACGUCAAAAUAUUUGACACUUAAGAUGGGGAUGGUUUUUACCUAUGGAUUUGUUUUUUGACUGCAGAAACAAUAACCUUAACUUGUUUAUCUUUUUUAAAUUUUAAAAUCAUCCUUUGUCAUACUUGAAUGAUAUUGGUGUUAUAAAACUAGAAGUGGUUACUCAAUCUAGAUAGGUGAUCCAAAUAGAAUAGGGAACUCCACAGUUAGAUAAUUGUUAUACCUGCACUAUGCAGAACCUGCAACAAAAUUCCUUAUUAGGCUAACCUUUUUUUUUUAAAAAAAUAUUUAUUUUAUUUAUUUGAAAGGCAGAGAUACAGAUCUUCCAUCCAAUGGUUCACUCCCCAAAUGGCCAAGGGCCAGGGCUAGGCCAGGCCAAAGCAAGGAGCCAGGAGCUUCUUCUAGAUCUCCCAUGUGGGUAUCUUGGACUGUCUUCUGUCUUUUCCUGGGUGCGUUAGUGGGGAGCUGGAUUGGAAAUGGAGCAGCUGGGACUCAAACUGGUGCCCAUAUGGGAUGGCAGCACUGCAAGCAGUGGCUUAACCUGCUAUGCCACAGCACUGGCCCCUAGGCUAUCAUUAAAAAAAUCUCUAGGUUUUCUGGGAGGCCUUGGGAUAGUUGCAAAUUUGAUUUGGUGUUUUCAAAAGGCAUGUAUUUAAUGAGUUUUUUCUUAAAAAGUUAUUUCUUGAUGUAAAAUAUGUAUAAGACUGUAAGGUUACUUAGUGUACAAAAAUACUAUUUCCAUUGUUAACACGAAGUGCCUUUUAAAAUGUCAUGUUUUUGUUUAAAACUUAAAUUUUUAGUGUCUGACAUCUGUUGUUGAUAGUAUUUAUGUGAAUACUUUACAGUGACUCAAUCUUGUAGGUUGUCACCCAUAAAAUUGCACUAUCUAAAGGUACUCUCCUUCUGAAUGUUUAUUUGUAUUCUUUAUAGCACUAUUGAUUCAUUUAAGAAGGUUAUAGAGUAUACCUCCCUCCCUCUUAUUUAUUUAGCUUCACAGAAGUUCUUUUUAGUUAUUAGUGACUGGACCAGUUUUCUGGGUAUUAAGGCAGCUUUGUUUUUUUGUUUUCUGUCUGUAUGCUUUAGGUUUUUUGAUUGAAUCUUUUGUCUUAUGUCUACCCUUGUUCUGUAGCCAUGGUAAUGCAACUUACAUCUGAUAAGUGCUUAUGUUUACUUGGUCAGAAGAGGCAAAGACAUUUAAAACAGUAAAUUUGCUGACACUUUUUUUUUUCAGACUGUGACAGCUUUCUUGUCAGUAUAAUUACAUUUAAACUAUUUUUCUUUUUAGUUGUGUUACAGUUUCUUUAUCAGUAUAAUUUCAUUUGUUAGCCUUCCAAAUGAUAUUUUUAUGGGAACACUAAUUUUCAGGCUACUUGGAUAUUGUUAGUACUGCACUUCUAAUUUUCUUCAUACUAAAUGACCUGAUUAAUAACAUCCUCUUGGGCCUAGUACAUCCAGGAUCAACCUCUCAGGUAUUAUAGACAAGGAGGCUGAAAAAGACCCACUGCAGAAUCCCUUCUAUGUGUAAAAAUGGGAUUCCAAUAUGGAUGAAUAUAGAGUUAAGUGGCAUUCAUUCAUUCAUUCUUCUUUUUCUUUUCUAAAUUUAUUUAUUUAUUUGAAAGAGAUUUUCCAUCUGGUGGUUCACGCCUGAGAUGGCUACAACAGCCAGGGCUGUGCCAGGCCAAGGCCCAGAGCCAGGAGCUUCAUCUGGGUCUCCCACAUGGGUGAAGGGGCUUAAACACUAAUAGCAGGUCAAGGCAUCUUCCACUGUUUUUUUCAGUCCAUUAGGGAGCUGGAUCAGAAGUGUAGCAGCCUGGACACAAACCAGUGCCCAGCCGGCAUUUUGGGUGGCAGUUUUACCUGCUGUGCCACAAUGCCAGCCCCAACAUUUGUUAUUCUUGAAGACUGAGUAGGGAUUCUAAUGAAGCCCUAUGGAUUAGAUCUUUGUAGAAAUAGUUUAAAGAUUACAUUAAUGAAAAUCUUUUCUUAAUUUGAGAUAUAUUUUGCCCCAGUCUUGGCACUGUGUCAGUUUGCUUGUCUUUUGAAAUUUACUAUUAUGUACUUAAUGUUUGUGGUGAGUCCAACAGUUUUCACAUGUGCCUUAAUCAUAAGAUUAAUGUCAUUUUAUUGGCCAGAUCCAUUCCAUAUGGAUUUUAAUGGAUACACAAACCAUUUAUUUACUUUUCACUUAAAAUAUACAGGUAGUGGUUUUCAGUAAACCAGUGAUGGUUACUAUAUUGAAUGCAGAUCAUUUUGUUAAUUUAACGAAAUUUAUAAACUAUUAAAAUAUUCUUUUAUGGAAUUCCCUUCCUGGGUAAGUAACUAGAACCCUGUUUUAGUAAGUCAUUUUUUUCCCUCUUAUUUGUGCCAUAUUUUUGUACUUUUGACUUUUCAUUUGUUUGACUUUAAUGAAAGCUUUUAUAUGGUACUAUUUGGUACUGGAAAUUAUGUUUGCUUCCUGUGGGAUAUAUCUGGAAGGUAGUCAUAGUUCAGUCUUGUCUUUUUGAGGUUAGCCUGUCAAUUAUUUUACUGUUUGUGUUGAUCUUUUCUAACUUCUUUAUGCAACACUUAUUUCUAAAAGGAUAUCUGAUCUUCCCCUUAAUCUCUUAGGUAGAUUGUAUUUUUUAUUCUACCAGUGUAUACUAUCUAGGAUUUGUGUUUGUAUAUUUAAAUGUGAUACAACAGCAUUAUUGUAACAGAUUUUUCGAGUUUUUCAUAGAAAACUAAAACGUUUUUUAAAAAUAUUCUUUUCCUAAUAUCUUUUUAAAAAAAUACAUAGCCAAUCUAGUGUCAAACUAUUCCUGGCUAUUGAACUUGUAUCCAUUUUUACUGCCUUCUUGUUCAAUGGUGGUAUUAUCUUAGCAUUUCUACAUAUUCUCACUAUUAUUACAUACAGUUUAUGGGCAAAUGCCCAUUGCCAUGGACUUACUGUAGUACAGCACUGAUAUAUUUUAUCUUUAAGUCUUAAGAGUUUUCUUGGUUUUCUUGAGGUAACUAUUUCAAAUGACUUACUGGGUUUUCUGAUGGCAUUGUCAAGAGUUCAGUAGAGUUCUCAAGUUGCUUGUACUUUCUUUUAGGGUUUUCAAAAUCCUUCAAGUUGUAGUAUUUUGUAGAAUUCUUGAGUAUAUUCCUUGGUGGAAAUGAAAGUAAAUGUUUUAUAUUUGGUGAUUUUUUUUUAAAAAAUUAUGGUUUGACCUUAAGUGCUUCGAUUAUUAUUUUGUUAUAAGAUUUUGUUAAUUUUUUUUAUGAGACUAACUUUUGUAUCCUGCUAAUCUCUGUUUCCUAUCUUGCUAAUCUCUAUGAGCUGUUUUAGGCUGUAUUCUUUCAUUACCCUUAAAGUGGCUCUGUCACACCAAGGGCUACACAAUUAGACCUCUUGUUAACCUCUACUUUUAUGUAAUUAUUUUUCAGAAUACCUUGAUAUGUAAUGUAGUUAUGUGCUAAAUAGCCAUUAUGUUUCUGGUACCUUUAUACUUCUUUUAAUUAGUGAGGCAACAAUGAUGUGGAUGUUGGAAUCAAACUUGCCUCGAGGCACUAAAUACAGUUUAAAGUUUUAAUUCCUUAAGUUUUUUUUUUUUUUAACAUGUUUAGUUGCUCUCUGCUAUUAGGUGAACAACCAAAUUCCUUUCUGCCUUGAGUAGGAUACAGUUAAAAGGUAAGUAGUCACAUUCAGAUUUUUUUUUUUAAUCUUUUUCUAGUGGCUUACAACAGCUCCUAUAUAUUCUAACAGGUCUAGGAAACAUCUUGUUAGUAUUGUGUUUAAUUAUCAUCUUCCUGCCUUGGAAGGAAGUAGAAGAGACAGUCUACUUUUAUAGAACUUACAAAUGUACUAGAUACUAUUGAGAUAGAAAUUUAUCUCUGAUUUGCAAGUAAGGAAGCGAAACUUAGUAUACUGUCAUUAAGCAAUUUGCUCAGUUUGUGGACCUGAGAUUUAAAUAUGCAUUAAGUCUCAGUUCAUCAUUGUACUGGGCUGCUUCCAUUUGUUUUCAAGAUCCCACUCAAGUCUUAGCUGUGUUAAUUCUUGGUUAUUUCACUUGUCAGAUCAGGAAUCCUGUUUUCAUUUUUCUUAUUGAGGUUUCACUGUGCUGUACUAAGAGUAUUCUUGAUUCAGUUAUUGGAUUUUGUUUCAUAUAUUUCUUAUUUAUACUAAUUUUAGUUGUAUUGCUUUUUUUGUGUCCACCUUUUUGUUUGCUGCACACUUAAUUUCAGAUAAUACUUAAUUUUUUUAAUUGACAUCUUGAGGAUAUUGGCUUAAUGAAAGGAAGAUGGAAUGUUGCAAAGCACGUGGUGUUGAAUUCAGAGGUCUUGAUCAUUAUUAUUAGCAAGUCAAGUCACUCUCUAAGCCUGUUUUUCUAUUCUCAAAUGAGGUCAUACCUGAGUCCUUUGAAAUGAGAGUCCUUUGAAAUGAGAGUCCUUUGAAAACUAAAACUCAAUAUAAAUUUCCUUUUUUCAGUGACUUCUAUUUUUUCUGUUUAUAGAUUUCUUAUUACUGUAGGAUGAUGAUAUAGAAACAUUUAAUAUGUUUAAUAGCAUGUGAUAUUUUAUUUCAUGCUAUUGGAUCAUGUUCACCUUAUUUUACGAUUUUUUAAGGUUGUAUUCAAGCCUAGCAAUGGACUAAGUCAUUGAAAAUACUAAUACAUUUAAAGAUGUAUUUACAGUAAAAUAGUCUCUCAAGUACACACUAAGAAAUGUUCCUAAUAAAUAAUAAGAAAUAAAAGAAUGUUAGAUAAAGAACUAGGAUGUUUAUGUAUGUAAGAUUUUUGAUGAAUGGCAUUUUGUCAUUUUGUAUCUGUAUUGGAAACAGUCUCAUUUGUUGAACAUCUUUCUCCAUACCUGAAACAUGCAGGUGGACAUUGAGGGUGUUCUGGGACUACUAAGUGUUAAUAAGAGACUCAUUAUUCUCUUAAGAGAAGUGGAUAUUGACACAGUGUAGUAACUAUCCUGAUGGAACAAAGGAGAGGGCCAUUUAGAGGCAUAAGGGAACUGUUUAUUACCAAGCACUUGAGCUGAGUUUUAAAGGAUUGGUUAGGGAAGAUUUGGUCUGGUGGAGAAGCAGUUACCAGGCAUUAGAGGAAUGGAGGAAUUGUUUGUGCAGAAGUGUGGGGAACAUCAUGAGGUACGUCUGAUUUCAGAGUUACAAUGAAUAACUUUUGGGGAGACAAAAAUCAGAGACAAAGUUUAAGAGGAAAAUUACCCAUGAAAAUAUGUUGGUUUUUACAUAUUGAAAGUAUACUGUUUGUGUAGCCAUUAAUUGUAAGGUUAUAGAAAUUGUCUAGAGGUUGUUGGUUUGUAUUGUAGUGCAACAACGUCAGAAAUCAUUAUUUACUGUUUUCCUUGAACUGAGCCCAAGCAGGGCUUUCAAGAGUGCACCUUGGGUGUCAGGAUAACUGCAGCAAUGCGAAAGAACAGAGGCAUUGGUAGAGAACAACUUUGAAGAUCAACAGGAUAAUGCCAGAGAAGUGGAGGAUGGCAUCCCAUCGUGGAUAUGUAGUUGCAUACUUUAGGGUUGCCUUCUGGCAGGGUGUCCUGAAGUAUAGCUAAAUGUGGCUAUUUCUGUGAAUUUUAACAUACAGAUAAUUUCUGGGUGUAUUUUAAGAGAAUGAAGAUAUUUAUAAAAAUGUCAGUGCAUUGACAUUUGGUGGUGGUGUACUGAAGAAGGAACUGUGAACCUUGUGCCGUUGAUACCUGCAGCAGCCCCUGAGCUAAUUUUAUUAACUUUCUUUUUUCUUUUGUUUAAGUAUCUUUUCUUACCAUUGUUGCCACUUCAACUUUCUCCCUCCCUCUCUUUUUCUGUGGUGCCAUAAACAGCUUUGGCAUUUAGGAUUAAACUGUUCCAACUCUUCUGUGCUUUGUCACAACUUCAUAUUCAGAUAUGUUAAAAAUUUCUCUUAGUUCCAAAGUUGGUUUUUUGGUUUUUGUGGUUCUUUUGCUCCUAUAUAAAGGAGGGUCCAAGUAAUUUUUCUAGGGUAGGAAUUUUGUGAAAUUAGAUAUUGGCAAUUCACUCAAGAAAGAAUACAGGAACAAUCUUUGAUAACAGGUUUGGUCAUACUAACCUUCUUGACUAAAUGAAGUACCCUACAGAAUGGGGUAUGUCUGUAUGUAUGUUUUACAAUUUGUUCAUACAAAGCUAUAAAGCAGAUGUUUCGUGUCCUUUGUAUUUGUAAACAAUAACCAUUAGGGUUGGGAAGGAAAUUGUUUUGUAAAAAGGGGAUUUCCUGGUUUCAAAGCUUUGCUGUUUGAAAUGGUAAAUAAAUAUUAUACUGCUGUGUUGUGUUUCAUCUCUUUGUUUUAUCUGUAUUUGGUUAUAAAAUUCUUGAGAAAAAUUACUGCUUUUCAAAAUGUUACUUGGGAGUAUGGUUUGAGUUAUAAGUUGGGCAGGAGGGGCUUUUGUUAAAC